GGACUCAACAAGGCUUGUGUUUUUGUGAAUUGUGAUUAUGCUUUUCGGUUUCCGACAGGCUGUUCCAAAAAUGGUUUUUUUCAAACCAGGAGAAAUGAACUCAAUCCCUUAAAUCCCCAAACUAUCCUUUCAUCUUGUCCAAAAGUUACAACAAUCCACAUAUAAACCCCGUAAUUAUUCCCAUUUCCAAAUGUUAAAACCGUAAAACCACACAGAAAUCCCCACCCCCACUACCUUGCCCUUUCAAAGAUUCAACUCAAACACAGACAAACACAUUCAAAUUUUCUCUCUCCUCAAAAUUCAGAUCUGCGACACAAACCCUAACAAAAAAAAUUGAUCCCCAAAUCAGCAAUGGGGGAUUUCAAUCUAGCAUUGCUGCUCGUCGCGAUAAUCGUUACGGUGUUAGUCUUCGUCUUCAAUGUAUACCUUCUGAUCAACUACCAGCAUCCUGAUGACGUCAACCAGGCUUACUUUCCUAAAUUCGUCGUCGUUUUGGGUCUUUCUGUCGCCGUUAUCUCCAUCCUUAUGCUCCCCGCUGACGUCGCGAAUCGUCACGCUUGCCGCCACGCUCUGUAUAAUGGCGCUUGUCAUUUGACGUUGCCGAUGAAGCAGCUUUGGCUUGCUAUUUACAUUAUCGACGCUAUACUUGUCUUCUUUGUUAUUCCCUUUGCUAUGUUUUACUAUGAGGGAGACCAGGACAAGAGUGUCGGGAAGCGGGUUAAAAGCGCGGCAAUCUAUGUGGGUGUUACAGCGGUCGUUUGCGGUCUUACAUUAGGCAUUCUAUAUGGGUUGGUUGGUAAGGUUGACUUUACUGUCCGGCAUCUUUCCUCUAGCUCAACUUCAUUUCCCAGUUCGUGGAACGGCUUUUCUACUAGUGGCUCUCCAUGUAUUGGUAAUUCACGACAGUGUUCUGCAUAUACAGCUAGCCCUUCGUCAGAGACCACAUGGACUAUGCGAACAACCUUCCCAGAAUACGUUGUUGCUCUUGCAACCGUUGCAGGAUCUAUUCUUUUCACGAUAUUGGGCGGUACUGGCAUUGCUUGUCUACCUUUGGGGCUCAUAUUUGCGUUCUUCAGGCGCCCAAAAGCUGUUAUAACUCGCUCACAGUAUAUUAAGGAAGCUACCGAGCUUGGUAAAAAGGCAAAAGAAUUGAAGAAAACUGCCGAUUCCCUUCAUCAGGAGGAAAGAAGUGGCAGCAAGGGAAGAAAAUGGCGUAAAAAUGUGAAAGCAGUUGAGAAGGAGUUGCUAUUACUGGAAGAAGAUAUGAACUCUUUGGAAGAGAUGUAUCCUCAAGGGGACAAGGCUGAGACUGCAUGGGCUUUUACUGUACUGGGAUACUUGGCGAAGCUCAUAUUGGGAAUCUUAGGGUUGAUUGUUUCAGUGGCUUGGAUUGCACAUAUUUUUAUAUAUCUGAUAAUCCGGCCUCCACUAUCUCCUUUCUUGAAUUAUAUCUUCGUCAAGUUGGACGAUGUUUGGGGGCUGCUUGGUACUGUAGCAUUUGCAUUUUUCUGCUUCUAUCUUCUUGUGGCAGUUGUUGCUGGAGCAACUAUGCUUGGUCUAAAAUUAGUUUUCAUCACCAUCCAUCCCAUGAAGUGGGGAGCCACUCUCAUGAAUUCCUUCCUGUUCAAUGUCGGUUUAAUUCUUCUUUGCUCUAUCAGUGUGAUCCAAUUCUGCGCCACUGCAUUUGCAUAUUAUGCCCAAGCAACUGCUGCUGGUGAAAUAUUUGGCCACACCUUGCAGUCUCUUCGUGGCAUUAAAUAUUUAUACAAGUAUAACGUGUUUCAAAUCGCUUUUGUUUCAUUAGCUAUAUUGACAUUCCUCUACUAUGCGGCCUUUGGUUGGCGGAGAAAGAAGCCUUCUGGCAGGAUACAGAUUUCCUCUUGAUCAUGUAUUUGGAUGUAAAAUCAGCCACGUGAAGUUGUUAAAGUUGCAAGUGACUUAGUUUGGUCGUAUUCUGGAUUGCUUUGGCGUAGGUGUCGUGUCAUUAUACUCGGAAUCUGGUUGUGGAUUGAGCAAGUUGAAGAGUGAUGCUGCAUUACGGCCAACUAUAUUUACUUUAAUAUUCUCAUUGUAUGUAUUUGUCUUGUUUGAGUUGUGUAAAACCAAGUGUAGGACUUAUAGAGAGAUUUUUUUGGGCACAGGGGGGAGGGCGAGGGGGGAGUGGGUACGAGCAUCAUGCUGUUGUAAUAUAAUUAUCGGGGAGAGUGUAUGAUCAACUAGGUGCAUUGUGACUGUCAAUCCUUUUAGAUUCAUUUGUUCUAUGAUUUCAUUCAUUUGUUCUAAUUUUAUCCAUUACAUUCUAAUGUUAUCUAACAAAUUUCGAGUUA